AUGGGUGGGGCUAUCCCGAAGGGCUCUGGAGGACUUGCUUCCCUCGUUAUGUCGCAUGCCUCCUCAAUCCAGCUACGUGUACUUUUUCCUGCUCUGAACGUUCCAUGCCCCCCAGUCCAGCGGGUGCACCUGAUUGGGGCCUCUUGUGGCUUCUGUCCUAGUACGAGCACUCAUUCGGGUGGAGUUAUGCGGGAGUGGGAUGCCUGUGGAUGCCAUCAGCUUUGGGACUGGAUCGAAGAUUUGGCUGCAAAACUAAGACUUAAUGAUAGUCUGGGGCAGCCUGAUUUGGUAUCUCCAGUUCUGCCUAUUGAGAUAGCAGUUCUAGAUAUGCUAGGCUCACUGGCUCCACCUGUUAUCUCCAUUGGGGAUAUAAGUUUAGAUGUUUUUCCUUCCCAAAUCAACAUUAUAUCCUCUUAUGAUGAAUAUAUUAUCUACUGUUCUUCUGAUAAUAUAGAUGGUGCAGAUCAUUGGACUCUUGGCCAUACCCUAGUUUCUGGAGGAGAAGAGAUUUGCAUUGGUGGUCAGAUCCUAAAAGUCAUUUUCUCUCCGGGGCACACAGAUGGUCACAUGGCACUACUUCACGCCAGUACUCAUUCAUUGAUUGUUGGUGAUCAUUGUACGGGUCAAGGAAGUGCAGUUUUGGAUAUCACUUCCGGUGGAAAUAUGCAUGAAUACUUUCAAACAACUUACAAAUUUAUAGAUAUUUCUCCUAAUGUUUUAAUCCCCAUGCAUGGGAGACUUAACCUGUGGCCAAAACACAUGCUCUGCGGAUAUCUCAAAAACCGCAGAAGUCGAGAAUCAGUCAUCUUGAAGGCCAUUGAAAAUGGAGCAAAAACAUUGUUUGACAUUGUUGCAUAUACAUAUGCUGAUGUUGAUCGUAGUCUCUGGGGUCAUGCUGCAUCAAAUGUGAGGCUUCAUGUGGAUCAUCUGGCCAAACAAGAAAAAUUGCCCAAGGACUUUUCUCUUCAGAAGUUCCAGACAACUUGUGGAUUACGUUUUCUUUCUUAUUGGGUAUUUGCAUACCUUAGUAGCUUCUUUCUACCGAAGCAUCCAACUCUGAGGACUCCAGCAAUGCUUGGUGCUAUGGCAGUGGUUGGCUUUGCUAUGGCAUACUCAAUCAAGCACAAACUUCAUUCUGAAUAAGGGAAAGAUAUGACCCACAAACCCCUGGAUGAAUAAGCUGUUGAAUGAGGAGUCAGUGUGGUGAUCAACAUAUCUACCAAAUUGAAAAUUUUAUCUUUCCUUCCUUUUAAAAGAAACAGAGAAACAAGAUGGUUUUUGCUGUGGACCACUGGUAGUUGUAAUGGGACAUCUAAGUGUUGUGUUACAAUAUGGGAAACAAAUACUCUGUUUAAAUGUUUUUAUAUUCUGUUGACAUAUUAAUUUGCUCGCAAGACUGCGUGUCGUGUAAUGUUGUGAAAGUUGUACUAAGUGGCUUACAUAUGAUAUCGAGUAAUCACUCACUACA